GAUCAAAACAGUGAUUGACAAAUAAAAACCUUAUUUUACCUUUACAAUUUUGAGUUAAAAGAAUCAGAUCUAACAAUCAUUCACUAUUCACUGUAAUGGUUCAGUCUUUUGUGUUCAGUCAAAAAAUACUGCAGGUCUUUAGCUUAUUCUUAUUCUCACUAAAAAGGGAGCCUGGGUGAUAUUUGGUGAUUGCAGAAGAUACAUAAAUAUUGAUUUAUUUUUACUAAUUUAAAACGAGGCUGCGGGUAAAGGAUUUGACCAGUACUUUGUACACUGUCGAUUGACCUGUUUGGGAUGCCGUAGUUUCCUAAUGGUAUCCUAGCAACGUAUAACAGAACGUCGUGCGCUGUUCGAAGAAACAGUGCUGCUACAAUUUAAAAUGUCAACAUCUAUCUAACUAGUUAGACAUUACGUUUAAUAUAACUCAACUUUGCUAUAACAUUAGAGUACAGACACGUGUAGCAGACGGGGAGAUGGACCAAGCUUCAAAUAGUCGCAUUUAUGUGGAAAGAACGCUGGCUGUUAUCAAACCAGAUGCUAUCGACAAAGCUGAGGAGAUUGAGGACAUUAUCCUUAAAUCAGGCUUCAUUGUAUUGCAGAAGCGGAGGCUGCAGCUAAGCCCAGAGCAAUGCUGUGACUUCUACGCAGACCAGUAUGGAAAGAUAUUCUUUCCUAGCUUGAUUGCCUUCAUGAGCUCUGGCCCCAUCAUUGCUCUGACUCUGGCCCGUGACAACGCUAUCGCCCACUUGAAGUCCAUUAUAGGGCCUGUCAACAGCAUCAAGGCCAGAGAGACUCAUCCAGAGAGUCUUAGAGCAAAAUAUGGCACUUCUGAACUGAAAAACGCACUCCAUGGCAGCGAGUCAUAUCAUGCGGCUGUAAGGGAGAUCAAAUUCCUGUUCCCAAACUCUUUGACUGAGCCCUUUGCCCCAAAAGAACCACAUCAAGAAUACCUGAAAAGGUGUGUAUACCCAACUCUGCUUAAUGGACUCACAGAGCUCUGCAAGCAAAAGCCACACAAUCCCACCAUUUGGCUUGCUGACUGGCUGAUUGAAAACAAUCCAACUCUGCCUAAAAUAUAUGCGGCAGACAUUGCAGGAGAAGCAGAUUGACAACAGGGAGACAAGAUGGAUGAAUACAUAUUUUCAGAAAAUGUCAAUUUUUAUAAAAAUAUACUUGUUCAGUACUAUGAUGAAAUAAAAUGUCCUUGGCACUAAUCAACUGUUUUAUUUGCUUUCAGGUAAAGUUUUCUUGUAUAUAAACUAUUUGUUUAUGUUUUAACACUUCUGUAAAGGGUGUGGCUUGAUAUAUAACCUCAAUGAAAAUUUCAGCAGGUUUACACAAGAACAGUAACAACUGGUCCUAAAAUUAAGUUUGUUGAUUUUCUAAUAAAGGAUGCUGUUUCACCUGGUCUAACAUCUUCAAUGACUAAAUAAAUCAGCCAGCGGGUUCAAAAGUUUGCAUGAGAUUAUGACUGCACUAACUUAAAUGGAUGAGUUGGAUGAACUGAAUCCAGAUGAGAACGUGAAAUUGGACCUUCAACAGCUUCAGCUCUUGUUGCUUCUCUGGAAAUGGUUAACAAACAUAUAAGCCUUGGCUAUUAAUUGACUAUUAUUGCAAAAGUACUCCAACUAGUGAAGGACCUGCAUGUGCAUAUGGCUCUAUAACAAAUAUGGUACUGAAUGUAUAAAUUAGAUUAAAUAGAUCAGUUGCUUGAACAAACAUUGCAGCAUACUGAGUCUGACCAACAUGUGACCAUUGCAGUAGUAGUAUUAGGCUAUGUGUUUUUGAAGACAGCAGUAGAAGGUAAACCAUAGAAAAGGAAUGAUUCUAAUUAUUAAGACACAACUGAAUACUCAAGUCAGUCUCUGAGGGUCACUUGAUUUGAGGUUAUUUGGUCAGCACUGUAACUAUGACCGCAGUGCUGUAUGUGUGUGGUUUCCAAGUCAUUGUGUAGACAAAGGAUUGCUCAUUGUUGGAAAAACUCUGAACAAGACAUGACAGUUUAUCUAAAACCGUCUACUAUCAAGCCUACAAAUAACUUGAACAACUCACAGUGCACAGCAAUGCAA